AUACAACAUUCACUCGUGCGAUCAAGUUGUCUGCGGGCGGACUUCGUGCGUUUUCUAGUUUUAUCAGCACGGCAAGAAGAACUACACAUUCCGCUUAAGUUUUAUAUGUAUAAUUCGCGAAUAAAUACAUAUGUAUGUACAUCGCCUGCAUUCUCAAAUACAAUAACGUUCGCGUCGUCUGAUCGCACCAGCUCUCAAAAUCAGUUCAACACUUGAAGGCGCUGUCUGUGGCAAGUCACGAGUCACCAGUCAGUCCCCAACGGUUACCAGUAAGCAGCCAACCACUAGGCACCACCAACGAUUUGCGGCCAACCACAAUAACUGAACGACAUCGCCGGGAACUCAAAAAUGGACCACGCACACCAUACUGUACCUAAUGUCGACCAUUCCAUGCAUCACGAUCACGAUCACAGUGCCGUGGGUACGACGUUACCCACAACGGUCAGUCCGUUAGCGGCACCCGCUUCCCAUGGUGAUAUGGGAAUGCAUGCAGGACACCACCACAUGGGCGGCGGCACAGGCACUGGCAUGGAGCACAUGAUGUCGAUGGCUUUCCAUUUUGGCUACAAUGAGACGAUUCUGUUCUCCUGGUGGCACAUCGAGACUGUGGGCGGCCUGAUAGGCUCCAUGAUUGCCAUCUUUUUGUUGGCGCUGCUCUACGAGGGCCUCAAAUACUAUCGCGAGUAUCUGUUCUGGAAGACGUAUAACCUGCUGGAGUACAGACCCGUUACGGGACCACAACGCAAUCCGGAGGCACCACGGAUACCCCAACCCGCGGCUGCGGCCGCCUCUCCAGUACAAUACGUUGGCGAGGUUGUGCACAAACAACCACCAUCAAUGUUGUCGGUGAAUCACAUCUGCCAGACACUGCUCCACUUGCUCCAAGUAACGCUCUCCUUCCUGCUGAUGCUGAUCUUCAUGACCUAUAAUGUGUGGCUCUGCCUGAUGGUCAUACUGGGUGCGGCCGUCGGUUACUUUUUGUUCUGCUGGAAGAAAUCCGUUAUUGUGGAUGUCACCGAACACUGUCACUAGCACAGUGCCAUCGAUGAGGCGGCCGUCUCUAGCCAGAGCUGUCUCAUGACAGCGCCCCUGGCGCCGGCGAACGAAUGAAGAGGAGAUCCACAAGGAGGAGAGGAUGAGGAGGACUUCCAGCGACUUCCAGUAAGGUGGCCAUGUUCUCUGUGCUAAAUGCCUGAAUUGUCGAAAUAUCAACACACCCACACACACAAACACAAUACAUGCAUAUACUUUAUACACACACACACACACACACACAUUUAUAUAUAUCACAAACAAAAAAGAACACAACUCUCCUAAUUUUAGAUAUUAGCAUAUUUUUACAAUAUACAAAUACGAUCAACUGUGAAUUUUUCAAGAAAAAAAAAGAAAGGGCAAGCAACAAUUAUUGUGAAACAGAGUAGGGCAUUAUAUUUCUCUUCUUUUUUUAACCAACACAUAAAAACUUCGAAGCUUAACGUGCAAAGAACAAAUGCUUUCCCGGCGCUACCAUCCCUGCCAACAGACAAUUUACAACUACACCCAUACUCCCAGAUUCAGGAAAAUGUUUGAAUUUAUGAACCCAGCCAUAUCCCAUCAUAUUUGUAAAAUACAUAUAUAAUAAGACCUGUUCCCGCUAGCGGUAUUUGGCCAAUUUGCACAAAAUGAGAAAUCGAUUAAUUUGCUUAAAUAAUUGGAUCGAAUUCGAAAACGGAAUUAGGCCUUGCCCACGCAUUGCCCAAGUCUUAAAAUUGCAAUCAAAUUUCUGGAAAUUUUUUAUUUUGUUUUCCAAUUUGUACAAAA